AUGCCAUGGCACCAUCGACGGACCACUUGGCAACUCCUUCUAAACGUGCUUGCGACCAUGGCCCUGGAUCCAAAUCGGACAGCCGAAGACAUGUGCGGCUUCGUGGCCAACAGCAACGUUGGUUGGACUGGCCAAGAGACUGUGGAAUGGCCAGUUGCAGGACCUCAAGAGUGCUGCGAUAUUUGCACCUCUAAGAGUGCUGACAAUCCUCCAUGUGUGGCGUGGGUGUGGAUUCAUGACACCCACUGCUACCAAAAAUAUGACACUGGUGAGUAUGCCGUCACCCAAUCACUCGAUUCUUUGAGCACUGACUCUGGUACUCCAACUGGGACUUGGACUGGUCUCAAAGUCGAAAGGACUGGUGCUGCAGGAAUUAUGAGCGCGCUUGCACACCGUUUGACUGCCACCUUGGCUUCAGUCAUUGGGAAGUGUGAAGUGGCCAGCCGAGAAGAAGGACUACUGCUGCAAGCGUAG